GUCUGCUGGAAACGACAUGCGUCGGAGACGGACUGAGGGGCACUCACGAGCCAAGUGACAGCGGAGACGGUUAACCAGCCACAGCGACCGGGUCAACGUCGUCACUGCAGUUGUCUGAACACUAACUUAGAUUGAAGGUUUUUCCUGACAGUCAGAGAGCGAAUAACAUCGCUCAGUGACGGUAGUGACGGACUUGAGAGUGUCCGGUUUCCUCACUCUGAGGGAUUGCGAUGCCCUCUGACUUUAUCUCCCUUUUCAGCGGGGACCUCGACCUGAAUUCUCCCAGAUCCUUCUACUCAAAAGUCCCCUCCAUACAUCUUUAAACUGCCUUCUGCUGAUAAUACAGAAUCAGCGUAUGACCUUCUUCCCAGAGAGCUACAGCUGCCUUCCUCCACUCUGCAGAGCCCAAAGGUCAUGAGUCAAAAGAGCGGCGGAGAGGCAGGGCCUCCCCCUUCAGCUGCUCUAGCAUCAGAUGCCAUGUCCUCCUCUAUGACCAUGGAAGGCCCCCGCAGUGCUUUUCCCACCUCUUCCAGCCCCACCAUGCAUUCCAGUGCUUCUGCCAGUGACCAGAAACCAGUCCACGGCAGUAUUGUUGAUCCGGAGGACGCCAGGAGCAGCCGAGUGGUUCCAGAGGUUGUUGGAGCAGAAAGUGGCAAUGGUAACUGCAGGAGUAGCAGUGAGCUAGGAGGAGUAAGAGGUGUAACAUCCCAGGAGGCCCAGCCACAUCAUCAGAUGACCCCAUCGAAGCGUCGGACUGUACUGAACAUCUCUCCACCUCCACAAGACUUGUUGGAUGACAGCCAGAUGUCUUGCCAGGAUGAAACAUCCCUGGACUCAGAGCAGAGUAACAGCAUCUGGAUGGAAGACUCUCUCUCCAACUUCAGCAUCAUGAGCUCUGUCUCUUACAAUGACAACACAGAGGUGCCACGAAAGUCCCGAAAACGUACACCUCGGCAGAGGCCUGGCCCUAAAUCUGCAGGACGCGGGGAAGCCAGCAUGGACAUGUUUGAUGCAGACAGUGCCAAAGGUCCACACUUUGUCCUGUCACAGCUCGGCCUCGACAACAAGACUGGAUCCAAAGGAAGCAGCUCUAAUGAUCCUCAGACAACGAGCCACAAAGGAGGAAUUCUUUCGAUACAAUACCCACAGAAGAGUGAGGGGAAGGAGGUGAAGAUCCUCGUCCAGCCUGAAACUCAGCACCGAGCCCGCUAUCUGACUGAAGGCAGCAGAGGGUCAGUGAAGGACCGCACUCAGCAGGGCUUUCCCACUGUAAAGCUGGAGGGAGUGAAUGAGCCAGUGGUCUUGCAGGUGUUUGUGGGUAACGACACUGGGCGUGUCAAGCCUCAUGGUUUUUAUCAAGCUUGCAGGGUGACUGGCCGCAACACCACAGCCUGCAAAGAAGUGGACAUUGAUGGCACAACUGUUAUCGAGGUGUCCCUUGAUCUGAGCACCAACAUGGCACUAGCGGUGGACUGUGUUGGGAUCUUGAAGCUCCGUAAUGCUGAUGUCGAGGCUCGUAUUGGUGUGGCAGGAUCGAAGAAGAAGAGCACACGCGCUCGGCUGGUGUUUCGGGUCAACAUCCCCCGUCCAGAUGGAUCAGUGCUCACACUACAGAUUCCCUCUUCCCCAAUCUUGUGCACUCAACCUGCAGGAGUGCCUGAAAUCCUGAAGAAGUCACUACACAGUUGUUCAGUGAGAGGUGGAGAAGAGGUCUUUAUCAUUGGCAAAAACUUUCUUAAAGACACCAAAGUCAUAUUUCAGGAGAAUGUCUCCGAUGAGAAAUCGUGGAAGGCGGCGGCUGAAAUUGACAUGGAGCUGUUUCACCAGAAUCACGUGAUCGUGAAGGUUCCUCCGUACCAGAACCAAGCCAUCACCUCUUCAGUGUGUGUGGGAAUCUAUGUGGUGACGAAUGCUGGGAGAUCCCAUGAUGUUCAGCCCUUUACCUACACUCCAGAUUCAGCAAAAGAUGAUGUUCCUGUAAAGAAAGAGGUGUCCUCUCCAGUGAAGACUUGUUCAUUUGAUGAACAAAUUAAAGUUCUAGAUGGUGCCUUGAUGCCUUCGAUAUUGCCUUUAGUGAAGAGAGAAGAUGUAACUCCGAUGGAGGUCACCAGCAACCUCCAAUCUUCCGGUGUAUUUAAGACUGGUGACUUGUGUCCAGCCCAGCAGAACCCAGACAUGACUGCAGGCCAUCUAAAUAAAAACAGAUCAUUCUCCAACAACCUGUCUCAGCCUGCAGGCGAACCUGACAAGGGCCAGGCUCCUGUUUUUCCCAACACCGAGCCCUUAGGCAUUAUUCAGAAGCAGGACAUUGCAGCCACCUUCUCUGUGCCUGCCGACUCUCUGCUCCAGCAGGGAUCACAGCAGUUCCUCCUGGAGCCCAGAGAGGGCCUCGGGCAGGAGAGGCCCGGCAGCAGCUCUGGAGCUGUGGGGAGACUGUGUGGAGAACCCUCACCUCAACAGCAACAACUGCCUCUUUUCCCCCCAGAUGAAGUAGCCCAAUUGGAGGAGGCAGUGAGGCAGCUUAAAGCCAAAGGGUUCUGUAACUUACCACUUCAGUCGGACAACUCGCUGGCCAAACAGCAGCAGCAACACAUACAGCACCAACAACAGAUCCAAAAACAGCAAAUUCAGCAACAACAACAGCUUCAACAGCAGCAGGUUUUGGAGAAUUUACAGCAGCAGCUGUUUCAGUCACAGAUUCAGAUGCAGUGUGGCAUGUUUCAGGACGCCCCUCAGGCCAAGAACGCGGAGCAGCAGGGCUCAUCACAAGGGGUGGUGCCAAACCAGGGGACUCUUUUCCAACAGCAGCAGCAGCAAGCAGCUCUCUUUCAGCAGGCAAAUGACCUGCUAUCAAUUCAGACCAACUUCCUCCAGCAGACACCAUCACACCCUUCACCACCCAUGUUCCACAAUCCCAGUUCUUUGGCUGAAACUCAAGAUUCACAGGGAACGCUGUUCCAGAAAGCUUCUCAGGAGCAGGUCCAGGCCGCUCUCUUCCAAAACACCAUGACAGUACUACAGUCUCCGGACCAACAGCCCUCAACCCCUGGACAUUUCCUCCCUCAGACAUCCCUGUCCUCUCAGCUCACAACUAGUAGUGCUCAACAACAACAACAGCAACAACAGCAACAGCAACAGCAGCAGCAGCAGCUGGCCUUCCUCAGUGCUCUACAAACGCCUGCCCCUAAACCACAAUCAUUAUUUCAGGCUCAAACCCAGCUCCCCCCCAUCCAACAGAGAAGCCCCAUGGAGCAGCAGCAGCCCUCCCAGCCUCAGCCCCACACACAGCCACCACAGCAGUCUUCCCUGUUUCAGAACAUCUCUCCACAUCCAUCUGCAAACACACUUUCUCCAGUCCAGCAGCAGCAAACGCAGUCUGGCCUACUGUUCUGCAACAACCCCCUGUCCACUCCGGAUCAGGCCUCCAGCCUCCUGUUCAGCAGCCAGGUCCAGAUGCCACCGCUGACCAGCAGCAGUUUAGUUUCCCAAGAGCCUCCAAACCCCUCUCUGCUCUUUUCACAAGCCAGCAUGGUGACAGUAAACCUGCAGGAUCGCUCUGAGCCCAUGGCCUUAGGGAACCCCAACGAUCCACGACAGCAAGUCAUAUUUCAAGAGCAACAGCCGAUGCAGCUGGGCAGCAGCUCAAACAACCAGCAGGAGCGGCCUGUGGGCCUCUUUAUGCCUCAGUCUAACAUGGCCUCUCUGCAGGGGGGACUGGCUACUCAGGAGCUCGCACAGUCAGCUAUGUUUGCCUCACAGAACGGCGUGGCCAACCUCCAAACGACCACCUCCUCCCCUGUUCAACAGCCAGGGAAUCUGUUUCAGACUGCUGUCAGUGGGAGCAUCAAUCAGCCCAGUCGGCCUCAACAACCUGGCCUCUUCCUUUUUGGUAUUCAGAACGACUGUGACCAGCUGAUGAAUACUCCUGGAACCACGCUGUCGGAUCAGAUUAUAGCCAUCAGCCAGUCCGGUCAGAACCAAAGAGAGAGUGACGCACACAUCCAGUCUCUGCUCAGCCAGUCCCUGUCUCAUUCUGGGCCCGUGCAGAACAGCAUGAAUGCCCCUCAGAACAUGGAGAAGAUGGAUGACCUGCUGGUCAGCCUGCAGGAGUCCGGCAGCAACUUAACCCGCUCAUACUAAACACAACUACAUGCAGUAAAAUAGGUGUGAAUUAUCCCUGCAUGAUGAAGUUUGAGACAAAAGGAACAUUCUGUUUCUUAAAUCUGAACUUGUAUUAUUUUAUUAUUAUUUGUCUGCUCGAACACAUUAUCCGGUUUACUUCAGGACUGAAGACUUAUCAGGAAAGAGCAGUGAAGGUGCUGCUUUGUGCAGAAUUAGAUACACUCCAGGCGAGAACAGACAUAUUGUUAUUACUUGGAGAAAAACACAAUUUGGUGCAUUUUUUUCUUCAACUUUUCCACCAGAAGUACAGUAACUUAGUGGUCAUGUUAUUCAUAUAACUUGUCAAGUUUAGUGUGUAUCUGUAGAUAGAUUGAUGUCAUCUGCAGCGUCGCCUGGUUAUUGUGCUGUUUUCUAAAGUCUCCAAAGUGUUUUGUGGUUUCUAUGACUAGUGUUCCCUUUGGUACUUGUUUUGUGUUUGUGUUCCACGGAAGGGGGAGUGUGUGGUGUAGCAGCAAGGUUUAGACAGACUGUGGCAUGUAUGGUUGAAUACAUCGAUGAUGUGGAAGGUAGUCGACGUGGGUUGAAAUUAUUUUCACCCAACAGUGCAGAAAGUGUAUUGCAAGAAGGUUUGAGGUGAGACAGAGAAAUGGUAUCACGGUAGAAGAAAGUGGAAGAGUGUUCUACACUAAUCGGAUGUGUAGUCACAAACUUAUGUGUCGGUGCUGAUUGUUUAAAUGUUGUAGCAGAUCUAGUCUUGUCCCGGUCGGUUUGGUGCUGUAAUACCUGGAAAGAAUAUUUGAAGUUCAGCUGUCAGUGUGGCUCUGCAGUGAAGGUCACCUCCAGCUGUGAAACAUAUCUUUCAGUAUGACAUACUUUACCAUCUCUAUCGCACUUUACGAUAGAGAUAAGCAAGCGUUUUCAGGCUAACAUUUAGUCUGUAUUCAUCCAAACCAAACUGUCAGUUUGCUACUUUUUAGAGCAGAUUCUCCUUUUAAUACAUUACAAAUAGAGGGAUUUUUUAAGAAAGUGUGGUGGUAGAAAUAUGACACACAAAUUAAACAAAAAUUGGCUGAGACUUUUCUUUUUACAUGUAUGUUCAGGUCUUUGUGACCACGUUACUCACCAAGGGUACAGUACAGUCCCACAGUGGUGGUGUGGGUUUUUUGUCAGCCGCCUCUUCCUCAUUGUUUACAAUGAAGAAGUUACAUUUUGAAACAUGCUGUUACAACUUUCAACUAUUCAUUCCCAAAACAUAUACAUUAUUUAUUCAUCAAAACCAGUAAAAAAGUGUAGAUCGAGACAAUUUAUUCAAAUAAUCUUAUCUCAAUUGGCAUAUAACUCAAACACAUGUAUUGUAGAGAGAGUAGAAUGUAAUGUAGUAUAUGAUUAUUAAUAUUAUGUAUUUUAGUAUCAUUUUGAUGGCAUCAUUCUGCGUCAGGCACGCAUGAACUGGAAUAGUAUUCUUUAUUCUUAAACCAGCUAGAAAAAGAGCCCUUUUUUUUACCAGUUUUGUUAAUGUGAUGGAUUUAGUGAAUGUAGAGGAGAUGCAAACCAUACAUCAUACAUCUCAUCCAGGUUACGGUAUUAACAUGCAGGAACAGAGACCGUUUUACAUGUUUUCUUGUAAAGGCAGUCGUCGAGUCGGCCAAUGGCCUCAGGACCAAAGUUUGACUUGUUUCUUGCUUUGCAUAAAUCCUGAUGACAGGCCAGUUUUAUGGCUGGUGAGCUUUUAUUUUAAACAUAGACAUAGAUGGUUUCCUUAUUAGGCACGAUGUCCUGCUGCCACACUUCUUUCCGUUUGUUUGUUGUGUUGUUUUGGUAAAUGUGUGCAUGAGCGAGGGGCUGGUCUCUGAUGAUGACAGAAUUUGCUCAGUCGUUGCCUUGUUUUCUAUGUACAGAUUGGUAGAAACACACACACACGUUACAUUUUAUACACUUUAAAGUCAGAAACCGCUGUUUUAUGAUGGAGAUUAUGUAAACUUGACUAAUGUGAUUUUGAAUGGUUGCGAGUGGUUUUUAAAGGGACCCUACUCCUGAAGGAAACCCGACGUUGGAGAAAAGAGCCAUCUGUGAUCGGCUUUCUUCAACUUGUGAAAUAGAAGAACUAAGAUCUUCCAGUGUUGAGUAUUUAUGAUUUCAUUUCUUUUUGAUUGUUUUACAAAGUUUAGAUCCUUUUUAUUUUUUAUUUUAAUCUAUUUAGUACCAGUCCCUCUUUUCGGAGAAGCAUAUCUAAUUUAUUUGUGUGUUGUUUAUUAUCUGAAUUGUUUUCCUUAAUCAGUUUUGUUCAGAUAUUUUCUGUAUCGAUAACAGCAAAGUCAUUUGCCCCCCCACAACAGGCGAUACUGUAACUGGAACCUUGGAAAGAUGUCAGAAAUGCCUUAAAAUGAGAUUGUAGAAUAUGAAAAACAUGUACAUUCCUGUCCACAGUUAUCUUUUGGGGGGAUUUUGUCAUCAUACACACCUAAAUGUACUUAUCAGGUGAAUGCUCAAGGCUUAUUAUUGGACCCGGGCCUUGUAGUCCCUCUUAACCAAAUGGUUAACAGGUUUUAAUCCCUCGAAACAUUACCAACAAAUUUCAGUAUUUUUACUAUGACUAUAGAACUGAAUGUGAUUGUGCAGCCUGCCUGUAGAUGUCUCACUAAGAAUGUUAUUUUAUACAUAUAGUGUGGAGGUAAUUACUUUUUUGAAAUUACAGUUUCCUCAUUUGUGUAUUUACAAAGUAACUGGAGAUCAGAAAUAUAUUAAAGAGUGACUCAAUAUACAGUCACUACUCACUCUGGAAAACAGUGAGAUUGUUGAUAAAAUGUCUCGUAUUUCCUGAAGAUGCUACAAACUAACUUUCUCUGUUUCUUGCAAUAGAACAAGUGGUUUUCUUUAAGCAUUACCCGUUCAUUUAAUUUUAUCUGCCAUCACAGGUGUCACUAAAAUGUCACUUUAGACACAAAUAGAUAUUGUGCCUUGAGGAGGUGAUGUAGUAGCAACCAGAGAUUUUGCCUGUUUAACACCUGGUUAAACAGGCAAACCAGGUGUGAUGUGAAAUCGUUUGCCAGUGAUAAUUAACUAGAAUGUUUUAAGCCAUAAGACUUUAAAUGUACUUUAAAUGCUCGACAACAGUGACCAGAUAACUGUAGUUCUGGUUGAUAAACGUGUAGUGCAAUUUCUGUCGUGCAUCUAACGUGUUUGUACUGAAGUAUCCAUUGCAUUUAUGUUAUACAACAUAGAUGCAGACAAAUUUUCCCUGAAACUGCUAUGCAGCUAAUAUACUGUAAAUGUAAAUCUGUUAGUUUUGGAAUAUAUAUUUUUCUAAAUAGCAUCUUCUGUUUUCAGCAUAAAGGAGAAACCAAAGUAGAUGUUCUUUCUAUUAUUUAUGUUGCUUGUUGAAACAAUUUCUUUGCUUGAAAUUGUUGCCUGAAACCAAUUUUUUAAUAUUUUAGUCAGUUAAAAUGCAAAUGUAUCUUCUCAACAACCAUCUCAGUCGUGUGUGUGUGUGUGUGUGUGUGUGUGUGUGUGUGUGAGAAACAAGGGUCGCUAAUUGUUCUUCAGUCAUCUUUAUUGCCUUCUUGCUUGUAGGGUUUAUGUGGAUCCAGGUUUAGUGUUUACUGGUGCAGUGGUUCCUAAUAUUUCAGAUCUCUCACAGGGCCUCACCAGGAUAUCAUGUCAUUCUCACAGUAAAAGUCAAUCCAUACUAGAUUUGUUUUGUCCUGAAUUAUUAUACAUUCUGCAAAACAUGUGUCCCUCUAGUGUUCACCGUCUGUUUUUAUUAUUUUCCUAAAUCCAUUUGCUUACUCAACAUUACCGUAUCUCCAUAUCUUUAAAGUAUCUUCACUCCCAACAUGAGCGAACCACUCUUCUAGUAAACAGACUAUUUGGUCCUGGAAAUAGCAAAGGGGGGAAAGCUUGCCAUUCUGUUACUAACUAUGUGAACAACUCAAAUAAUCAGCCGAGGGGAGUGGGGGCCAAGCUUUCUUAAUAUUUGGCUUUUGUUGGGAUGUUUUUAAUUCUUUUGCAAAUAUAUUUCUGUAAACUUGCUGCUAUCUAUAUUAAACAUAUAUAUACUUUAAA